GCCAUUUUAUAUUUGCUAAAAACGUUAGUUAACUUUUUUCAUUGCAAUUACUUGCAGUUUACUUAGUACUCGGAAAUAUGGAUAAACGUGCAUUAGCUCUGUUUCUGCUCUCCUUGUUAUCACUAGGACAGGCACAUCAUAAAGAGACGCUCUAUCGCAAUUCUUAUGUUUACACAUUUAUGCGGAUGACAGCGACGAUGUUCAUUGGGAUGACGCGGAUUAUCGAUGUGCUUGGAAUAACGCAGGGCAUCUAGAUCUACAUAAAACAUAUACUAUUAACCAAGAUGUUUACGAAUUGACGGAUUCCUGGGGCAAUCGAGAGUCUUGGAUAGGUGCACAUGACAAGUACUCUGAAGGAUUUUGGCACUGGGAUGAUGGCCACAAAACUUAGUGAUGGAUAUCAAAAUUGGGCUUCAGGCGAACCAAAUGAUCAUCGUGGUGAGGAUUGCGGAGAUUUUCUCUCACCCACUAACCGUUGGAAUGACGAACACUGUGACCAAAAUUAUGGAUAUAUUUGUCAAAAAGAUCUAAUCAAAAGUUCUGCUAGUGAUUAUACCGAGGUUGUCUACACGAAACCAAGUACAGACAGAUCGUUCGCUCAACAGAGAUGUUCUUUACAUGGUUUCCAACUUUCGGAAGAAAGAAAAUAUGAAAUCGUGCCAGAAACUUUACAGCAAAAACAUGGAAAUUUACGUGCAAAGUAUCAACGGGAAUGUCUUGUUAUGGAAGGAAACAAAUUUGAAAAGCAAAUCUGUGACGAAACUUUAACUUCUGCUUGCAAAGCAAUUCACACGUACGACUUGAAAAUAUCUACCGAGCAAGAAGAUUACAUGGAAUCAGACAGAAUUGAGAUCGAUUGCACCGCAUCUGGAAUUCCCCUCCCCAAUGUGACCUGGCAUCAAGGAUAUGCUCCAGUAUCUGAGUCUACUGACCAAGAAAUCUUCCAAAUUUCAAAAAAAGGAAGAUCAACUCUGAUCAUCAAGAACGCUCAAGUUACGGAUACUUCGCGCUACAGAUGCUUUGCUCAAAAUCAAAUUGGCAAUGAUGUAAGAAAAACAAAAGGAUACUUGGACGUGAGAGUUCACCCAAAGACAUUGGCCAUCCCAGUGAACAAAGGAAGAUCUGCAGGAAUCCAAGAGCAGUCGGCGUUAAGUGAUGACAUUGAAUAUAAAGAACCAUCGUCUUGUCAAGCUGGAAAAACUUCACAGUUUUUGUAAAGUAUAGUUCUAAAUACAAAAUAUUUAUGCAAGUAUAUAUUUUUAAUGUUAAGGGUAU